UGUGUGUGUGAAGGCAUGCCUGAUUGGGACUCGGCCUAAAUGCUGGCUUCCCAGAUUUUUGGAGCAGAGUAAAGGGAUGUAUGAUUGGGGUAUAAAAGGAAAUUGGAUGUUUUAGCCAUCCCUCCUACAGAACUAAAUACAUGUGGCUGCUUUUAGGAAUUCAGGCACGUUUAACUUUUUCUGAGCUUGAAGUGACCCUAGCAAAACUUUCCUUUGUCCGCUAUAUGGUUGUUUCCUCUCCUUCAGUCUCUUAGCUGCCAGGGCUGGUCAAACUCCAGGUUGUUUCCAGUGACCACCACUUUGCUAGGGUCAUUACCACUUGCUGAUUUGGGGUUUUAUAUGACCAGUCUGGUUCUUCUAUUCCUAUAGGACGAACAGGAUUAUUGAAUACUGGAUUUCUGCAUAAACUGCCUUUCGAAUCCUCCACCUUGCCUUAGCCAUCCACCCAGCCAGGUGCUCCCUGAGGAGGAUUACUAAAGUCCUGUUUAGUGAUGUCACUUUGUAAUCCCACACCUUAAGAACCCGUACACCUACCUUGUCUUUUUGGAGCAAUGCCAAGUGAGUAUCACUCUGUGAAACUGAGAAGCGAUUGCUCAAGACCCUCCCUGCAAUGUUACACCCGCGCUCAGAACAAGAUGAGAAGACCCAGCUUGUUGUUAAAAGACAUUUUCAAGUGUAUACUGCUUGUGUUUGGAGUGUGGAUCCUUUAUAUCCUCAAGUUAAAUUAUACUACUGAAGAAUGUGAUAUGAAAAAAAUGCAUUAUGUGGACCCUGACCGCGUGAAGAGAGCUCAGAGGUACGCUCAGCAGGUCUUGCAAAAGGAAUGCCGACCCAGGUUUGCCAAGAAGGCCAUGGCGCAGCUGUUCGAGCACAGGUACAGCACGGACGUGCCGCCCUUCAUGAGGAAGGCCCCCCGCGGGCACGAGGCCGAGUCCAAGUACGACCCUCCGUUUGGAUUCCGGAAGUUCUCCAGCGAAGUCCAGCACCUCUUGGAACUGUUGCCUGAGGACGGCCUUCCCGAACACCUGCAGGCCAAGAGCUGCAGGCGCUGCGUGGUCAUCGGAAGCGGCGGGAUUCUGCACGGGCUGGAGCUGGGCCCCGCCCUGAACCAGUUCGACGUGGUGAUAAGGUUAAACAGUGCACCAGUUGAGGGAUAUUCAGAGCAUGUUGGAAAUAAGACUACCAUAAGGAUGACUUAUCCGGAGGGUGCCCCACUGUCUGACUUCGAAUAUUAUUCCAAUGACUUGUUUGUUGCUGUUUUAUUUAAGAGUGUUGACUUCAGCUGGCUUCAAGCAAUGGUCAAAAACGAAACCCUGCCAUUUUGGGUACGACUCUUCUUUUGGAAGCAGGUGGCAGAAAAAAUCCCAUUACAGCCAAGACAUUUCAGGAUUCUGAAUCCAGUUAUUAUUAAAGAGACUGCCUUUGACAUCCUUCAGUAUUCAGAGCCUCAGUCCAGGUUCUGGGGCCAAGAUAAGAACAUCCCCACGAUUGGUGUCAUUGCUGUUGUCUUAGCCACACACCUGUGUGAUGAAGUCAGUUUGGCAGGCUUUGGAUAUGACCUCAAUCAACCCAAAACACCUCUGCAUUACUUUGACAAUCUCUGCAUGGCUGCCAUGAACUUCCAGACCAUGCAUAAUGUGACAACGGAGACGAGGUUGCUCCUAAAGCUGGUCAAAGAGGGCGUGGUGAAGGACCUCAGCGGGGGCGUCCACUGCGAGUUCUGAACACAGGAAACCUCACUGAAAACGCACCCCUGACUCCGAGGGCCAUUUUCCGUGGCUUUCUUGAGACAUUUCGUCCUACAAAUACUUUGAAGCGCAGCUGGUGGUUUUGACAUUUAAUUUAAAAGACAAAAAGCAGUUAGCUCUUCCCCCAUUUUUUCCCUAUUUAUUUGAGAUCAAAAUUUUGCUUUUGCACAAAAUUUUUUUUUUUAUUUAUUGACUAGAGAGAGAGGAACAUGAAUUUGUUGUUCCACUUAUUGAUGCAUUCAUUGGUUGCUUCUUGUACGUGCCCU